UUAGUGAUGUCACAGUCCGCCGCCCCCGAAGACACUGCAGCGUCUCCUCUCCGGGCUUCUCCCGGAGAGGAGAAAUAAAAUGUAGGUCAGCACUCUGGGAGUUAAGCUGUGUGAGGCCCCUCCCAUUAGGGGUGGAGUCCGGUGAGGCUUGUGCUGCUGUAUAACAUGCCGUAAGAGGCUGCAAGUUCUGUGUAGUGAGUGACAAUGGCACCCAAAAACAUUGCCCUCUUCGGGGCCACUGGGAUGACUGGGAAGGUGAUCCUGGCACAAGCUCUUGAUGCAGGUUACAAUGUGACUGUCCUGGUGAGGGAUCCCGCUCGCCUCCCUGCGAAUAAGAAACCGACGCGGAUCGUUGUGGGGGAUGUGCUGAAUAAGAGUGAUGUCUCCAAGGCUGUGGAGGGACAGGAUGCUGUCAUAAUUGUACUGGGAACAGGGGCUGACCUAGGGCCAACCACAAUGAUGUCGAAGGGGACUCAGAAUAUUGUGGAGGCGAUGAAGGAGCACGGGAUCCGCAAGGUGGUGGGCUGCAUGUCUUACUACCUGCUUUGGGACAUCGCCAAAGUCCCUUCUUACUUCCUGCCAGUGACUGAGGACCACGUCCGAAUGUACCAGGUCCUGAAGGACUCCGGCCUGGAUUACGUGGCUGUGCUGCCUCCAUACAUUACAGAUGAUAAACCUCUGACUAAAGAUUACACUGUCAAAGUGGAUCAAUGCGGUGGUGAUGUGAUCUCAGUUCAAGACCUCAGCCACUUUUUCCUUCGCUGUCUGACCAGCACGGAAUACGAUGGAAAGAGCGUCACCUUGUCCCGGGACUACUGAACUUUGUAACAGCUCCCUCUGGUGGUCAUGCAACAAUAUUCCCAGUCGUGCUGCAGUUGUCACAGAAAUAAAUCAAAAGCUUAGCUAUCCAAACUAUUGUAGUAAAUGAAUACAACCCACAAAAUCCCAAUUUCAUACAUCUGUGAAGUGAGACUUUCAGAUCUUAAGCACUAAAACGCCUUAAGUAUUGUUUUAUAAUCUGUUUUGAUGUUCAAUAGGCGUUGGGUAUGUGUGACUGGCGGUCACAAUACCAACAGCGGGAUCUCGGCUGUCGGAUGGCCGGUGGUGGGGCGAGCGGAACGAAGCGAGUGGGAAUAGCCCCUGUUGGUUGGCAUGCCGACCAUCCGGAUUUUCAGAUGCCGGGAUCCCGGCGUCGGAAUUGUGACAGGCAGUUUCCUGUCCAGCGGUCACAUAAACAUAACCCAUCAAUAGAACCAGUGUGAAUUUUCUUGUAAAUUUACAAUAAAUAGGUUUAUUUUCCAACA